CACAGGCGUGCUGGAGCCUAUCCUUGCUGUCUUCAGGGGAUUGGUAGGGUAUACAUUGAACUGGUAGCAAGCAAAUCACAGGGCACAACAUAUAAACAAGCAACCAUUUGUGUACAGAUUUAAAUAACAUGCAAUUAAUAAUAGUGAUAUUCAUUUGGCAUCUUGGAAUUGUAAACAAGUGCCUUGUCUCCCCCCAAAGUAGCCAGCAGGAGGUAAGGGUGUUGACUUUUCUCCCGAUACCUAGGCUUAUUCAUCCCUACCUUGGCCCUCCAAAUGAAGGGCUAAGGAGAAGGUGUAAGACAAAGCAGAAGGCGUAACAGGUGGAAUUGGUUUUGUCCUUUAUGCAUGUACAGAAAAGGCCUAGUGAAUGACUCUGUCAGCUUCUCAGAGUGGAGUUCUCCAUUACAUCAAAGGCCACUCGUGAGAGGCACUCGCCUCACCAAAACAUUUUAUUUACAUUGAUUAACACAUGACGGUAUGGCGACGUCGCUGUAGAGUGUUGGCCUCACAGUUCUGAAUACUGGUGUUAAAAUCAUGGCCCCGCCUGUGUGGAGUUUGGAUGUUCUACCCAAUCCCUGUGUGGGAUUUCUCCAGGCCGGUUUCAGCCCACAUCCCAACAAAUUCCAUUAACUGGAGACUAAAUUGACCCUAAGUGUAAGUGCGUCUGUUGUUUGUCUCUUGCUUGCUCUGUGCCUUGCGUGUGGCUGGCAACCAGUUCAGAGUGUUUCCUGCCUCCUGCCCAAUGAGAGCUGGGGUAGGCACCAGCUCUCCCGUGACACCGAUGAGGAUAAAUGGGUCAGAGAAUGGAUGGAUUAACACAUCACCAUUUCUCUUACUACAUAUAUUUCCAAAGGUUCUAAUAAUGUACAUAUUUCACUGGAUGUUGUGAACAACCCAGGUAAUCCAGACAACAAAGAAAAUAGAAUUAAUUAGCUCAAAAAUUAAGUUGUGUGGAGUAAUGUUAAAUUACACAAGGAAAAAGUAUUGAACAAAAGAAUAACGAGUUGCAAAACAGCAUGGAAAGAGAACACCUACUAUAAUAUCUUUCAAGAGUCAAACAGCAAUUGUCAGUGCAAAUGAAUAUCAGGUAGUUCAAUCCUAACUGAUGGUCGACAAAAAGCUUUCAGUGCCAAGGUAUUUGUGAAGACAUCUCAUGAUGGGGAAGAGGAGAGAACUGUCUCCAGACUGUCACAAACUAUCCAUCCAUUUUCUGACCAGCUUAACCUCACGAGGGUCAUGGGAGUGCUGUAACCUAUCCAAUCGGGCAGGAGGCAGGGUACAUCCUGAACUGGUUGCCAGUCAAUCGGAGGGCACAAAAAAAAAAAAAAAAUCAGCCAGUUGUUCUCACAUUCACAUAUAUGGGCAAUUUUGAGUCUUUUAUCAACCUACAGUAGUUCAAAAUAAUAGGAGUCCAAUGUUAAUUGAUUAAUCCCCAUUUUCAGUAUAUUUUUAUUCCUAUAUGUCAAACAAGUUACUAGUAGGUGCAGUAGAUUCUCAGAAUACCAACAAGACCCAGCAUUCACUAUAUGCCCACUCUUAAGGUUGUGCAAUUGGCCAAAAUGUUGAAAGUGUGUAUGUUCAAAAAAUAGUGACGUUCAAUGAACGAGAUCAUCAAUUUUGUGAAAAACAGGAGUGAAUCAGGUGGCCCCUAUUUAAGGGUGAUGUCACCACCUGGUGAACAUGCAUUUCUCCUUGAAAGCCUGAGGAAAAUGGAUCGAUUUGCAGAUGAAAAGCGUUAUUUGAUUCAAAGUUUGAUUGGAGGGUGGAAAGGAGGUGCAAAAAAGUUUAGGCUGUUCAGCGAAAAUGGUCUCUAAUGCCUUCAAAACCAGAGACACAUGGCAGAAAACAGAAGACAUGUAAGGGUGAUUAAGGAUAGAGAUGGAAAUGUGUUGACUGGUACCAGUACUAUGUUAAAUAGAUGGUAAGAAUACUAUGAGAAGUUGAUGAAUGAAGAACAUGAGAGUGAAGGAGGAGUUGAAGCAGCAAGUGUGAUGGACGAGGAAGUGGUAAUUAUGAGUUAAGGGGGAAGUUAGAAAAGGCACUAAAGAGGAUGAGAAAUGGAAAGGCAGUUGGUCCUGAUGACAUACCUGGGGAGGUAUGAACCAAUUUGGAGAGGUGGCUGUUGAGUUUUUGACCAACUUAUUCAACAGAAUACUAGCGAGCGGGAAGAUGCCUGAAGAAUGGAGGAAGAGUGUGCUAGUUCCCAUUUUUAAGAACAAAACAAAUUGCAGAGCUGUGGGAACUAUAGAGGAAUUAAGAUGAUGAGCCACACAAUGAAGUUAUGGGAAAGAGUAGUGGAGGCUAGACUCAGGACAAAAGUAAUUAUCUGCAAGUUACAGUAUGGUUUAAUGCCUAGAAAGACCACCGCAUAUGCAUUAUUUGCCUUCAGGAUGCUAGUAGAAAACAAUUGAGAAGGUCAGAAGGAACUACAUUGUGUUUUUCUGUAGCUGACAGAGUACCAAUGGGGGAGUAGCUGUGGUUGUGUAUGCUAAUGUCUGGUGUUGGAAAGACUAUGUUAAAAUAGUACAGGAUAUGUAUGAGGGCAGCAGAACAAUGGUAAGGAGGGGGAAAAGUUAGGCUUCGGAGAGAGGAGAAAGGGAGGGUGAAGGACUUCAAAUACGUACUUGGGGUCAACAACCCAGAGCAAUGGUGAGUGUGAUAAGAAAAUGAAGAGACGGGUCCAAGCAGGUUGGAACAGCUGGCAGAAAGUGUCUGGUGUGUUAUGUGACAGAAGAGUCUCUGCUAGGAUGAAGGGAAAAGUUUAUAAAACAGUGGCGAGGCCAGCCAUGUUGUACGGCUCAGAGACAAUGGCUCUGAAGGGACAACAGGAACCAGACCUGAAGGUGGCAGAAAUUAAGAUGUUGAGGUUGUCUCAGAGUGAGGAGGUUGGAUAGGAUUAGAAAUCAGCUCAUUAGAGGCACAGACAAAGUUAGAUUUUUUGGAGACAAGGUUCGAGAGAGAAGACUUCAAUGGUUUGGACAUGUCCAGAGGUGUGAGAAUGAGUAUACUGGUAGAAGGGUGCUGAGGAUGGAACUGCCAGGCAAAAAUGCGAGCGGAAGAGCAAAAAGUAGGUUGAUGGAUGUUGUGAAGGUUGAUGGAUGUUGUGAGGGCAGUUGGUGUUAGAGAGGUAGGUGGAGGAGAUAGGCUGACAUGGAAAAAGGUGACACACUGUGGCUACCCCUAACGGCACAAGACGAAAGAUAAAGAAGGCAGUGUGUGUGUGUGUGGUUGUGUGUGUGUGUGUGUGUGUGUGUGUGUGUGUGUGUGUGUGUGUGUGUGUGUGUGUGAGACGUGUGUGUGUGAGACGUGUGUGUGGGGGCCGGGGGGUGACAGCUGCUUGGGUCAGUAACCCAUCAAGACUGCAAAGUAUGUGGAAUGUUUUAGAUGUCAUGAUAUCUUUGGAAUAAGUAAACUUUAAACACUUUUAUGCUGUGACUUGUACUUUAUUCCAUCGUAUUGGUUACUAUCCUAAUUGGUCUAUGCUGUGAUUUUUAAAUAUCUGAACAGAUCUAAGUCUAUAAAAAGGUUUUGUGUCCCGAAACAAUUUCCAUUGUAUCCAGAUAAAAUGAGGAGGAAGUGAAACGCUGCAUGCGGCCAUGAGAGGGAAGGGAGGGAACACGAGAUUAGAAGUGCACAUGCUCAAUUAUUUUAAGCGUCUCCUAUGCGCAAACCACUGUGCCAUUACAAGGAUCAUAUUUUUCUCCAAAGGCUACUUCCCCUUCUCAGAGUGCCACGUGAGAAAAAAGAAAGUCGAAUUUCAUAUUUAUAGAUUAUUACAUGCCAUGUCACAAAUCUUAAAUUGAUUGAGUGGGUAACAUUCAUUACAGGGAAGAAAGCGCGGUUUGUGUGAUCAUUUUUUAUCUUUAUUUAAUUUCUUUGUGUUCCUCUUUUGUUUCAAGUGUUAGAAAUAAAAUGACUUUAUUUUAUUGAAUGCUCAUCUUGAUUUAUUUUCAUAGGAAGACAUAUGGUCACAAAUUCGAGUCAACUGGUUAGAGCCUUGGCCUCACAACUCUGAGGACCAGGGUUGAAAUCCCGGUCCCACCUGUGUAGAGUUUGCAUGUUCUCCCCAAUACUGUGGGAGUUUUCUCCAGGCAAUCCGGUUUCCUCCCACAUCCCCAAAACAUGCAUUCAUUGGAGACUCUAAAUUGCCUGUAGGUGUGAUUGUGAGCGCGACUGUUGUCUGUCUCUAUGUGUCCUGCGAUUGGGUGGCAACCAGUCCAGGGUGUACCCCAUCUCCCGCCCAAUAAUAGCUGGGAUAGGCUUCAGUACUCCCACAACCCUUGUGAGGAUAAGCGGCUCAGCAAAUUGAUGGAUGGAUAAUAGUCAACCAAACAACUAAUUUAAUGGGAAAUGAAGCCAAACUAAAAAUGGAAAAUCCAUCUACCCAUUUUAGGAAAAUUAUCUGAAUUAAUAAAUGAAUGUUUGUGACUGAUAAUGCUAUUGCAUUGUGUGGCAUAAUGUUGAGAGUCCCCUGUGUGGUGAGUACGAGUUAUUUUCUUUUAGUGUGUCAUUCAUGAUAUUGUGCUUUAAUUAUUUGCAUAUUUUCCAUAUGGAAUCAUGAUUAGCUCACAAUAAUUGAUUUUAAAAAAGUAGUUUCCUGUUUACUAUAAUCAGAAUAUAAAUUGUUUGCACAAAUGUAUGUCUGAGUCACCUGUCGAUCUCUUGCAGUAAUCUGGACUUUGUAUCAGUCUGCUGCGGUAAAGAAGGAGCGAAGUCAAAAGGCGAAGUUCUCAACUUGAAGUUCACAUAUGGUCAUGAGCUGAGGGUUAUGAACCAAAAGAACAAGAUCCCUGAUGUAUAGAAGAUUAUGUGGAUCAAGUGUAAAACUCAUUGUAGUGAGGCACCACACACAUGAUUUAAUGUCAAAGUGGACGGGCCACUAAAAUUACAUCACACUUAAUAAAGUAAGUAAGUCCCUUUUGGCUUGUCCCGCUAGGGGUCGCCACAUCGUGACAUCUCAGAUGAACGCUCAUAUUUAUGCUUGUAUUAUACUUAUACUAUACUUAAAGUUGUAUUUUUGACUUAUUUUAAUGUAAAAAUAAGAACAUGUGCUCUUUUUAAAAAAUUCUCCACCAGAUCAUCUAUUUUUUUCACUUUCAAAUUCAUAAGAUGUUGUGAACAAACCAAUUAACCCACAUAAGCAAAGAAAACAGAACAAAUUAGCUUAAAAAUUAAGAUGUAUGUAAAUAAUGUAAAAUGACAAAAGGAAAAAGUAUUGAACAUUUGAAGAAAGAGAGGUGCAAAACUAUCCCAGCUGUCAUCGGCAGGAGGUACCCUGAACUGGUUGCCAGCCAAUUGCAGCGCACACAUUAAAAAAAAGAAAAAUAUACCAGUUGUUCUUGCAUUCUCAUAUACAGGUGAUUUUGACUCUUUAGUAAACCUGCAGUCUUCUUCUUCUUGUCAUGAUCCUGCCGCUCCAGCACGAGCUGUGCGGGUGUCUGUGCGGGUGCGCUGAUUGGAAGGUGCACACCUGCGCCUCAUUCAGCCUGAUUAUGCUGUGGAUUUAUAUGACCCCGAUGACAACUGGCCGGCGCCAGUUCGUAUGAUCUUCAUGUGCCGUUCGUGUGCUCCGGUAUCCCUGAUUGAACCUGUGUGUACCGACCUUCGUCCGUUCUCCGACCAACCUUGUAAGCCUGACUCCUUCGUUACUUCUGCCUGCUUUGAUUGUUCUCCUGUGUACCGACUCCUGCCUGUCCGCUCACCUGCUCUCUUCGCCCGACGUCCCAACUACCGCUGCUGCACCGGACUGCCUGCUCGAUCCCCUACCUCUGCAUAUAAUAAACGUUUCUCCUUGAACUACCUUGCAUCUUCCGAGUCCUGCAUUUGGGUCCUACUCUCGUUCCAAUGGGACGUGACAGAACAAACUGGCCAACACAGGACCCAGUAGGAAAGACCCGGCGUCGCCGGGACCGACGCAAGGUAGACCGUCUGCCGGAGGACCAAGCCUGUCCGAUCCGGGUAGGCUCCCUGAUGUCCUCCGCUUCCGUGUCUUACGCUCCGCCAGCGAGGUAUGAAUACGUCCCGAACACGACCCGUCCGGCUCCUCAUAUUCUGGACUCUGACUUUUCGGAGUAUGAGGAGGACCGUGAUUUGUAUGACCAGCUGCCGGAGUACGACUCUGAUUAUUGUGAUUAUGAAUCUGCUCGUCCGAUCUUUCAGUCUAGUCAGUUUGUUUCACCUCCCCGCGUUUCCAGCACCCGAGCGACUUCGCCCUGUAGGUCCAAGUACACCAAUCUGUACGAGGGAACCCGCUUGGCCAUCUACCCGGGACCUCCGCGUGGCGGCCAGAGGAGACGCCCCGGCCGGGCGCUCCCUUAUGCCUCCCGCUGCGCGGCAACUAAGACACAGUCCUCCCACUCCUCGCCGGCAACGGCGAAGCCCGCAGACCCGCAGAUGGUGGCGAAGCUUCCAGCCCAGAGGGAGGAGGAGCCGCCAAAUCACGAGGCGUUCUACCGUGAAAUCCGGGCAGAGAUAGAGGGGCAGGGCGUCGAAUUAGCGGCUCUCACGGCCCAGGUGCGGCAAGGAUGGGCGAACCAGCCGAGCUACUCUGACGUCGCAACGGCGACAGACUCGCUGCUGAUGCAGGUUCACGUGGCAGUUGGAACUGACCCGCUCCCGAGACACGUCCAUGUGUCAGUUUCGACUGACUCUCCGUCUGCUCAGGUUCACGUUGCCGUGGAAACCGACCCGCCACCUUGCCAAGCGCACGCCGCAGUGGGAACGGACUCGCCACCUUGCCAAGCGCACGUAGCUGUGGGUACGGACUCGCCACCUCGCCAAGCGCACGUAGCUGUGGAAACUGACCCACCUCCUCGCCAUUCCCUCGUCGAGGUUUUGGCUGUUCCGAGCAGAGUUCACGCGGCAGUCGGAACUGACCCGCUCCCGAGACACGCCCACGUGUCAGUUUCGACUGACUCUCUGCCGACUCUCGUUCACGUUGCCCUGGAAACGGAUUCGCCACCGCGCCACGCCCACGUUGCUGUUUCAACGGAUGCACUGCAAGCUCACGUGGCAGUGGGGACCGACCCGAUGCCGCCUCACGUUGCUGUCCAGGAGGUGGCGACGUCUCCACAGCCGCUUCUCGUCCGUGCUCUGGAGUACCAAUGGCGACCGUCCCGCGGACGCUCCACACUCCUGCUUUGUCGGCGACCGUCCCGUGGACGCUCCACACUCCUGCUUUGUCGGCGACCGUCCCGUGGACGCUCCACACUCCUGCUCUGUCGGCGACGAGCACGCCCAUACGUUCCCGUCCAGGAGGUGGCGACGGUGACACUGACGCUGCCUUCUCACGUUGCCGUCCAGGAGGGGGCGAGGGUGUCGCCGCCUUCUCACGUUGCCGUCCAGGAGGGGGCGAUGGUGUCGACGCCUUCUCACGUUGCCGUCCAGGAGGGGGCGAUGGUGUCGCCGCCUUCUCACGUUGCUGUGCAGGAGGGGGCGAUGGUGUCGCCGCCUUCUCACGUUGCUGUGCAGGAGGGGGCGAUGGUGUCGCCGCCUUCUCACGUUGCUGUCCAGGAGGAAGCGAUGGUGUCGCCGCCUUCUCACGUUGCUGUCCAGGAGGAGGUGAUGGUGUCGCCGCCUUCUCACGUUGCUGUCCAGGAGGAGGCGAUGGUGCCCUCCUCCGGACACCCCUUCCGCCCACCCCUGCCUGUGUUAAUUAUUGUCUGUUUUUUUUCGUUUAGGCGCAUCUGGGAGCCGUGCCUUUGAGGGCGGGGUACUGUCAUUAUCCUGCCGCUCCAGCACGAGCUGUGCGGGUGUCCGCGUAGUUGCGCUGAUUGGAAGGUGCACACCUGCGCCUCAUUCAGCCUGAUUAUGCUGUGGAUUUUUAUGACCCCGAUGACAACUGGCCGGCGCCAGUUCGUAUGAUCUUCAUGUCCCGUUCGUGUGCUCCGGUAUCCCUGAUUGAACCUGUGUGUACCGACCUUCGUCCGUUCUCCGACCAACCUUCUCCAUGCUCAGCACCCUUCUAUCAAUAUACUCACUCUCUUGCCUCUGGACAUGUCCAAACCAUCGAAGUCUGCACAAACCUACAUUAAUGUUUGUCAAGUCAACUAACAGCAAGAGCACCUGUCCCCCUUCAGACCUGCAGGGGGCAGAGAAACCUCAAUCACACAACUUUUCAAACUUCCUGUCAGAGGCUAGGGGCGGCCAUAUUGCUCCCAGACGGCAUGUGAGCUUGUGUGGAACAAAGAAAGCCUACCAGCAAAAGGAAUAAAUCACAAACAAAACUGAAGCAACCAAAAAACCCAAAGGCACCCCUCAGUGUCCGGUCAGACGCAACUGGUCGGGAAAGGACUUGGAUGCUGAUUGGCUAAUUUGUUUCAUUUCAGCUACAAGCUAUGUUCUUUGUGUUUGUCUAACUUCUGAAUUAAUCGAAAGUCUUCAUGGAGACAAAGUGGAUGCUCUUGUUUGGUUUAUUCAAUCACUUAUGGUGCUUAUUUACUUUUAAAUACUUACAUGUAUGACAUUAAUUUACUUAAAAUGUGAUUAGUAAGGUUAAAGUAAUGCUUUGAUAACCUAUUUAUUUUAACUAAAAAUAAUGCAACGUGUUCAAUGUGCUUCUUUGUCCAAGGUUUUCAACCUAAUCAACCUGUAAUCACACU